AAAAUAUUGGCAGCACUUGGUUUCUAAAAUUAGAUUUUCGUUUUUAUUUUCAUUCACUUUCCCGCCUCUGCUUCCCUCCUCUUCGUGCUCCUUCCUCAUCCCUGCUUCCCCUCUUCUCUUUGUUCUCCUUCUUUCUCAUUCUUGCUUCUCUUCCUCGGCCGGCAACUCUGUUCAUCGGCACUGCUUCUCUUCCUCGGCGGCAGAGGCUCUAGUAAGUCUAAUUUGUUCAAUGUAUUGUUGUAUAUUGAUUCACAUUUCUUUCUUAAGGUACAGGAGAUGGUGGGUCUUGUUCCUUCUGACUAUGAGGCGCAAAUGAGAACAUCAGAGGAUUUAGGGUUUGAUUGUUCGAUUUCAGUGGUUAAUUGGGGGUUUCUGUGUUCGAAUUCAGAUGUCAGGCUUGGCUUUGGUAUGGUUUGUCCGAUUUCAGUGGUUAGGGUUUGCUUUAUUCGAAUUCAGAUGUUUGGCUUGGCUUUGGUAUGUGUUGAAGUUGACGAGGAUAAAAUUUCUGUAUUUGAUACUGGCCCUGGAAUGGAUGGAAGCGAUGAGAAAUCAAUAGUGAAAUGGGGCAAAAUGGGUGCUUCAGUUCACAGAUCUACGAAAAAACUUGCUGUUGGUGGAAAACCUCCAUUUCUUACGGUGUUUGCAUGACAUCUUCGAUAUUUGGUAAAUAUGAAGAUGGGGACAUCUUGAAUAAGUUACAAGAGAUGUAUCAGGUACUUAAAAAUUCGAGGGGGGAGCCUUUCACGAUUGAAGAGAUAAAUGAAGUUCGAGAAAAGUUGGCAAACUUCAUUUCUAGUGAUUGUCUUUGAUAUUUUCUUGUAGUGAAUUUUAGUAUUGUUUUUGAUAUUUCCUUGUAAUGAAUUUUAGGUUACGGAUGCUAGUUUUUUAUGACUGUUAUGUAAUCGAGUUUUCAACUGUACAAUUUAAUUAUCUAUAUAAUUGGGUACUUUUUUAUA